AUGUCACUCCCGUCCCGUCCUGUCCUGCAUCCCCAGGCACCCGCAUUCCCCAACCUGUCAUCACCUACAGCGACCCCUCAAGCGAUCCCCCAGCCCUCCUUGGGGCCGCGGUUGGAAAGGAACCCAAAGCCUGAGCCCAGCGACAGUCCAGCGGUUACUUGGGCCAGCUCGUCAUCAGCAAUCUCGUCCUCAACUCCAGUCCCUGUCGUACGUCACCCUGCCUCUGGACUUCCUCCGUCGCCUCCACCGCCGUCGCUGCCACGAGGCCGCUCGAGCACUCGCUCCUCUCGAAGUUCGCCUGGCGGACAGUCACAACAGCCGUCUCCGCCCGCGGGCAGUCCUCCGUCCCCCUCAUCGCUGGUAAUGUCAUCCCCAGCAUCCCCUCCCAAUAAGGAGACACUGAGGCUCCUGCUCCCCCUCCGAUACGAUGGAAAGACCGUCAUUGAGUGCGACCAGUUCUUAUCCCAACUCCGCAUAUACUGGCUGGUCAAUAUGUCGUUGACUACCACCGAGCUCAAGGUGCAGGUCGCUUUGAGCCUCCUUGAUGACGACACUUGCACCUGGGUGACCCCCUUCUUCGCCCAGCUCGUAGCAGUACAGUUAAAAGCUCAAGGAGUCAUGACCCCCUUCGCCAAUGAGGCGGCCUUUGCUACCGCACUCAAAGCCCACUUUGGUAACCUCGAUGACGAAGCUGCUGCCCAGGUGGAGCUGGCAAAGCUCUGGUAUGGAGACCUGGAACUCCGUGACAAGUACCUGAGCGGCAUCCCCUCCCGUGUCUACCGCAAAAUCGAGCUUGAAACAUUCACCAUGUGGGAAGACACUGACAAGCGCGCCAUGGAGCUCGAGGAGGAGGAUGAGGAGGAGCGCGCGGUGGUGCACCCCGAUCACACGGAGCUUCGGCCAGCAUCAACGCAGCCGUCGGAAAAGGAGACUUCCCCGGCAGUUGCUUUGGCUGCAAGAAGCAAGGGUACCGUCGCUUCGAUUGCCUCGGGCUCUACCCAGGCCACGACAAGCGCCCCCGUCACAACAUCACCCUCGGCAACUAUAAGUGCCGCUUCAGCGAGUCCAGAGAAAUCUGAGACGCUGGCGGCCUUAAUGGCACAGGUGAAGUCAAUGCGCGAAGAGUUGGAGCACUAUCGGGCGAUGAAGGAGGAGUCUUUUUGA